UCUCUCUUUCACUCCCCUCUCUCUCCCUGCUCCCCCCAGCCUCUCUAGCUCAGCCAGGAAAAGACGCUGCUGACCCGGACUUUGGGUCUUUUUCUCUGGUCCCCUGUUGUUGAAUGUGUCGGACACAAACAGUCCCACCCACCCACUGGAUCUUGCUCUUUGUUACCACAGCCUUGUAUACCAGGAGAGAGAGAGAUUAAGGGGGGACUUUCUUCCUCUUUUUAGCGGAUUGAUUUGUGUCUGAGUCUGGAUUGUUGUUCUUCCUCUGGAGGGGCUGCUGCAGGACCACAGCCGAGGCUUCUUCUUCUUCCUCCUCCUCCUCUCAUGUAAUUACUGUCAAACAAACUGCUUUUCAAACGGACGUUGAACAUCUAUUUCUCCAGCACUGCAGUUGUCAAGUUGGAGCCCUGCUGUGAAAUGGACAAACCCCUCUAAAACAGCCAGCCUGCUGCUCCUAUACCUCUCUACCAACACUACCACAACCACAGAGCACCAACACAACACAGGAUCACCCAACUGGAGCGACAAGAACAUGUUUACUCCCCUGUUUCCAUGGUAACCAGAGAGGAGCAUGCACGUCUGGGUCAGGAGUUAACCUCAGCGUUCAUCUCCUCCGCCUGCCUCCUGUGAGAACUACACUACCCACAAUUCCUGUGAACUGACGACCCGGUCUGACGUUUAGAUCAAUUUAAGAAAAACACUUAGAGUAACAAAAACUACAAAAACACCAACAACAACACUGCUGUGAAGAGGACCAACAUGGCCAACAACACGGCGGACCACCCUCCGGGGAAUUCGGUUGCAGAGGGCAACCAUGACGGGGACUUUGGGGUGACCGUGAUGGACCUGAGGGAACUGAUGGAGCUGCGGAGCUCCGAGGCCGUCAACAAGAUACAGGACGUGCACGGAGACGUGCAGGGCAUCUGCCGCCGCCUGAAGACAUCACCUAUAGAAGGUCUGUCUGGUAACCCCGUUGAUUUGGAGAAACGCCACACGGCGUUCGGCAAGAACUUCAUCCCCCCCAAGAAGGCCAAGUCGUUCCUGGCGCUGGUGUGGGAGGCUCUGCAGGACGUCACACUUAUUAUUCUGGAAAUCGCUGCGAUCAUCUCUCUGGGCCUGUCCUUCUACCAUCCACCAGGGGGCGACAGUGAAGCAUGUGGCGAGGUUGCAGGCGGUGUCGAGGACGAGGGCGAGUCCCAGGCUGGCUGGAUCGAGGGUGCCGCCAUCCUGUUCUCGGUCAUCAUUGUGGUCCUGGUGACAGCCUUCAACGAUUGGUCCAAGGAGAAGCAGUUCCGCGGGCUGCAGAACCGCAUCGAGCAGGAACAAAGGUUCACCGUCAUCCGCAAAGGCCAGGUCAUCCAGAUCCCCGUGGCCGAGAUCGUGGUGGGAGACAUCGCUCAGAUCAAAUAUGGAGACCUGCUGCCUGCUGACGGGAUCCUGAUCCAAGGCAACGACCUGAAGAUUGACGAGAGCUCUCUCACCGGAGAGUCCGAUCAGGUCCGAAAGUCUCUGGAGAAGGACCCCAUGCUGCUGUCCGGGACUCACGUAAUGGAGGGAUCAGGCAGGAUGGUGGUGUCAGCCGUCGGCCUCAACUCUCAAACUGGCAUCAUCUUCACUCUGCUUGGCGCCGGCGAGAAUGACGAAGAGAAGAAGGUCAAGAAAAGUAAAAAACAAGGACCCCCCGAAAAUCGCAACAAAGCCAAAACCCAGGACGGCAUCGCCCUGGAGAUCCAGCCGCUGAAGAGCGAGGAUGCCACUGAGUCGGAGGAGAAGGAGGAGAAAGAGGAGGUCAAACCAGUGAAGAAGGUCAACGUGACCAAGAAGGAGAAAUCGGUGCUGCAGGGCAAACUGACCAGACUGGCUGUACAGAUCGGGAAGGCUGGUCUGAUCAUGUCGGCUGUGACCGUCAUCAUCCUCAUCCUCUUCUUUGUGAUCGACACCUUCGGGAUCCAGGGUCGAUCCUGGGUGGCCGAGUGCACCCCCAUCUACAUCCAGUACUUCGUCAAGUUCUUCAUCAUCGGUGUGACGGUGCUGGUGGUGGCCGUUCCUGAGGGGCUGCCACUCGCCGUCACCAUCUCUCUGGCCUACUCCGUCAAGAAAAUGAUGAAGGACAACAACCUGGUGCGUCACCUGGACGCCUGUGAGACCAUGGGCAACGCCACGGCCAUCUGCUCAGACAAGACGGGCACGCUGACCAUGAACCGCAUGACAGUGGUGCAGGCGUACAUCGGCGACACGCACUACAGAACCAUCCCCGAACCCGACGCCAUCAAACCAGAGACUCUGGAAAUCAUGGUCAACAGCAUCUCCAUCAACUCGGCAUACACUACCAAGAUCCUGCCUCCGGAGAAAGAAGGCGGCCUGCCCCGCCACGUAGGCAACAAGACCGAGUGCGCUCUGCUGGGCCUGGUGCUGGAGAUGAAGAGGGACUACCAGCCAAUCAGAGAAGAGGUCCCCGAAGAGAAACUCUACAAGGUUUACACCUUCAACUCCUCCCGCAAGUCCAUGAGCACGGUGCUGAAGAAUGCCGAUGGAGGUUACCGCAUGUACAGCAAAGGAGCAUCAGAGAUCGUCCUGAGAAAAUGCUCCCGUAUCUUGGACGCCCAGGGUCAGGCGCACGUCUUCAAGCCGAAGGACCGCGACGAGAUGGUGCAUAAGGUGAUUGAGCCGAUGGCGUGCGAAGGGCUGAGGACCAUCUGCGUGGCUUACAGGGACUUCCCCGCCGAGGCCGGAGAGCCCAACUGGGAAAACGAGAACGAGAUCCUGAACGAGCUCACCUGCAUUAUCGUGGUCGGCAUCGAGGACCCCGUCAGACCUGAGGUACCUGAGGCUAUCACUAAGUGCCAGCGCGCAGGCAUCACUGUACGUAUGGUUACUGGAGACAACAUCAACACGGCCCGCGCCAUCGCAACCAAGUGUGGCAUUCUGCUGCCCGGCGAGGACUUCCUGUGUAUGGAGGGCAAAGAGUUCAACCAGCAGAUCAGAAACGACCAGGGAGAGGUGGAACAAGAGCGCCUGGAUAAAGUUUGGCCCAAAUUGCGCGUUCUGGCUCGUUCCUCACCGACAGACAAACACACUCUGGUCAAAGGAAUCAUCGACAGCACGGUGCUUGAAACCCGACAGGUGGUGGCAGUGACAGGGGACGGUACCAACGACGGCCCCGCCCUCAAGAAAGCUGACGUUGGCUUCGCCAUGGGAAUCGCCGGCACAGAUGUGGCAAAGGAGGCGUCUGACAUCAUCCUGACCGACGACAACUUCACCAGCAUCGUCAAGGCCGUCAUGUGGGGAAGAAACGUCUACGACAGCAUCUCCAAGUUCCUGCAGUUCCAGCUGACCGUCAACGUGGUGGCCGUGAUCGUGGCGUUCACCGGCGCAUGCAUCACACAGGACUCCCCCCUGAAGGCCGUCCAGAUGCUCUGGGUCAACCUCAUCAUGGACACCCUGGCGUCCCUUGCUCUGGCCACCGAGCCGCCCACCGAGUCUCUGCUGCUACGUAGACCGUACGGCCGCAACAAGCCUCUCAUCUCCAGGACCAUGAUGAAGAACAUCCUGGGUCACGCUGUGUACCAGCUCGUCAUCAUCUUCACCCUGCUCUUCGCUGGCGAGACCAUUUUCGACAUCGAUAGCGGACGCAACACUCCCCUGCACUCACCGCCAACGGAGCACUACACCAUCGUGUUCAACGUGUUCGUCAUGAUGCAGCUCUUCAACGAAAUCAACGCCAGGAAGAUCCACGGAGAGAGGAACGUGUUCGAGGGCAUCUACAGGAACCCCAUCUUCUGCAGCGUCGUGCUGGGGACCUUCGUCCUGCAGAUCGUCAUCGUUCAGUUCGGAGGGAAGCCGUUCUCCUGCACGGCUCUGACCAUCGACCAGUGGCUGUGGUGUGUGUUUAUCGGUGUGGGAGAGCUGCUGUGGGGACAGCUGGUCUCCGCAAUCCCCACCCACCACCUGAAGUUCCUGAAGGAGGCGGGUCACGGCACCAAGAAGGAGGAGAUCCAUGAGGAGGACCUGACGGAGGGUGCCGAUGAGAUCGAUCACGCCGAGAUGGAGCUGAGGAGAGGCCAGAUCCUCUGGUUCAGAGGUCUGAACCGCAUCCAGACGCAGAUGGAUGUGGUCUAUACCUUCCAGACGGGCCAGGCGGCGGUGCCCGGUGCCCUGCGCCGCCAGCCGUCCGUCGUCAGCCAGCACAAUGACAUUAAGGUGGUAAACGCGUUCCGUAGCUCCCUGCGGCUGGAGAGCCCAGAGUCCCGUAGCUCCAUCCACAGCUUCAUGGCCCAUCCUGAGUUCGUCCCCCAAUCCGAGGAGGAGGCUCGCAAACCCAUCAUCGAGGAGACCGGAGACGAGAUCGACCCCCUCCCCAGCGCCUCCUCCUCUGGGGCGGGGGGAGGAGGAGAGCCGCCCGGCGCCUUCCCCCACAGCUGCGAGUCAUCCAUCUGAGCUCCUCCCUCCUCGUCCUCCUCCCUCCUCUUUAUCAACAUCAUCUGUCAUCCCACCAACCGAACUGUCGCACUGAGGAGGGAAGUCACUCUGCAUCCCGUCAUCCUGCACACACACAUGCUUCACAUCGUCACCCCCCCCCUCAGUCAUUCCUGCCACAUUGUGUUUCUCAUACUGACUGUGGCGUCGUUCUGCCUGUAAGUUUGUCCCAUCACCACCACCACACAUGUAUCAGAGGGUGGAGUCCAGAGUCUCCACUGCGGAAGGCCUGUCUUUGUCCAUUCAUGUAUAUUUUUUACUUGAUGAUCCUUUUUGAAAAGCUUUUAAACUAUGUUGGGUUCGAUCUUUGCGGGACUCGCAGCAGCAUGUCGUGUUCUGUACUCGCUUCAUUCCUGCGCAACGCUCUCAAAAACAGCACAGAACUUUUCAAAGAGUGCAGUGAUUCUCAUGUACAUAACGCUUUCCGCUCCUCCACACAGCUAACAGCCGGGUUUGGUGAUCAGAAGAUUUUUAGGCAAAUGCAAAAAUGUAACCUUUUCUGUUUUUAUUUUUGUUUUUAAAACCUCUAACGAAUGUUAAUUGAUGGUUGAUUCAAACGCCUGAGAAUGUCUUGUGAGUGUGACACUACAGUCUUCAAGGUUCAACUGUUAAAAACAAAUGUUCUUCCCUUUAUCUUGUCUGUAUGUGUUUGGUUUUUCUUUAAUCAGCUGUGUUGCAUGUGGAACGACAGAAUGUUUGCUACCCAAAAAUAUCUAACGUGGCGGCGUCCAGAGAUGGCUCGCUCUCUGCUCAGUGGGGGUUCUGACCUCAUCUCAUCCAGACAGGGUCCUGGUUCUCUCUGCCCCUCCCCCCCAGUACGUCCACAGUGUCGAUAGGAAACAAGAGUGUGGUUCAUGAUUCCCGCUCUAGUAGGAUGCAUGUUAUGUUUCAUACGUGUUGAGUCGCAUGACAACUUAGGAAUGAAUAUUUGGGAUUCUGUUUAGACGACCAUAUCUGUGUUAGUCCGCAUCAGUUUCUGUUCAGAGCAACUUUAACUUCCUGUCUCUAGGACUGAACUUCCUGUUACCACAACAGGACAAAAACAGACUCAUCAAUACUCACAAAAGCUGGGAUUUUAGUCCCGGGAACUACUUUUCAAGGAGCUAAAAGGUUCCUUCAGCCCACUGUUUUCUGCGUUUCCACCGUACUACCCUCCAACCAGGGCUUUUUUUGGGGUGUUAAAAGGCCCCGUAAAAUGUCCCAAGAACUUGAACCCUGGUCCCUGCAGUCAAUGAGUUCCUCAAAAGGUUCUUAGCUCUGGGGAAAGUUCCUGUGGUGGAAACGGGGCUAUAGAGGAAACUGCGGCAGGGCAGUUCUGUACUACAGUGGGUGUCUCAAUAAUCUGCGUGCGGUCUUAAAUUCCGUGGUUCCUUGAGAACGGGAUUCACCCAUGCAUACCCGUGCAGGGUUGCAAGGGGCUCGAGCGAAGUAGAAUACUCACAUUCAGCCUUUCUUGCUCUUAUCGCAGCAGAGUUAGCACUGAUAACACAAAGCCACAACAUACGAUGAAUUUUCAACAACCAGAAAGGAUGCAGUCUUACACGAAACCUGAAAUCUUUCAGCUGCCGCUCCACUCGUCGCCUGGUUGGGACCAGCCCAAUCCAGUCCUCUUCUCGUUUUAACAACCCUACACUGAGCUCGUCGUUGGUUGAACAAAUAGACAGAAACUAAACCAGAACACUUCAGAGAGGAGGAAUAUCAUUCAUCAUUCAUGGUCUCAAACGCCCAACUUUUCUUGCAUUCUUAUCUACUUCCUCCUCCCCCCCUCCGACAGGCUCAUGUUAGAUAAGAUCCGCCCGCUUGAAAUAUGACGACCAAUCAAAAAUGACAACCUGUGACCGUGUCACUGUGAGGCGACCCCCGCUAAACACUGCCCCUCUGUGCCGUCCUCGUAGAUGACAAAGUUUAUGUCACGUGGAUCUUCACAGCUAGAAGGUGACAAACUCCAGAUUGAACACUACUGCCACAGGAUGACGAGUAUUCAUCCCUUUGUCUCUUCAAAAUAAACGUCCUCCUAGACAAAAUCCUAGAGUUCUGUCCAUUUGCCGCAGCUUAUUUAGAUCUGGGUUGCAGUUGCGUGUGAUUAAGCAAGGUAGCCUCAGGUUACCUUGUCUUCUUCCCAGACACAUCUUGAAGCUCUUCCUGAGGUGUUCCCAGAGCAGAUAGGAUGUAUAAUCCAUGCAGUGUGUUCUGGGUCGGCCAGAGGCUUCCUCCCAGUUGGACGUGUCCAGUAUAGCCUACAGGGAGGCGUAAUGAUCAGAUGGUAAACCACCUCAACUGACUCCUGUCAGCCAGAGCUCAUGACCACAGAUGAUAAGGGUUUGAACGUAGAUCGACUGAUAGAUCGAGACUCUCAGUUCGCAGAGCGCCCAGAGAGGAACGACUCCAGUAUCGAUGAGUCUGUUUUGGGUCACAGGAAGUACAGGAAGUUCAGUUCUCAACAGACAGGAAGUUGAUGGAUCUCUGAACAGGGUCUGGACUGUCUGUCUGUGUUUAAGACAAAUCUUAGUACCAGUUCUGUUCCCUCGUUUGUCGGAUUGUAGGAACAGAAACUAAAUCGGCUAUCAGUGACAUCACACGGCCGGCAGCAGAGAAGGUGUUGGAUCAUCAUCAUCCCUCUCCGCUGUGCUGUGUUUAAUUGACAGGCGUCAGCGUGGCGGCCACACUGAGGUUUAUGGGAGACUGAUGAUGUCACCAGUCAUCCCGUAGAGUUAAAUCCACUGUGUGUCCCCGCUGCCGCUCAGUACUUCCUGCCCGCCGUUGUCCGCAGAUUACUGUCUUAAAAGAAGAAGGAAUCAUCUUCCAAUCAGAAGCAGCGAUGCGUGUAAUCCCCUCUUAGUCUGACUAGCAGCCAUCAACCUAUGUGCUACUACUGCCAUAUUUCCAACUUUUUGUCAUGACUAGGUUCUUCCUCUCCCCUCUGAUGAGCUUUUUCUAUGUAACUCAGAGCCAUAUUUUAUAGGUUGUCUGUAUUGUUUUUUAUCUCAUUGUUAUCGAGGUUUCCUUUUGGACUUUCUCACCCCCGACCCCUCGACCCACCCAACCCUCUCCCCUUCCCCCUCCCGGCCCUUUACUCCAAACACGACCAAAAAGCAAGGAGAAAAUCUUCAGUCGUCACUGCCGAACCAAGUUUAAAGGACCUCUACAAUGUUUACAUGAAAAGCAAGUGGGUGGCAGUUCGCCUGCGCUUCUCUCAUCCGACCACUUCCCUUUCAUUCCCUUGCUUUCCUGAAUCUUAGAGUUACUAUUUAACUAAAUGGGGAAUCUUUCUUGCAUGGUUUUCAUAUAAAAUUCAAUGUUUUGCUCAUUUUUUACAAUUCUUCUGUAUUUUUAUAUUAAGUACUUUUUAAUAUUUUGGAGAUAUAUGAAUAUAUAUGUAUAGGCUGAAGAGUUUGGUGACAGUACAGUACAUGAAUGAGAUGAAUCUAACGUGGACUCUGUCUUUUUACAGCUCUCUGAAUAUUUAUGCCACGUGUGUCGUCUUGGUCACCUGAUGUUAGGGCUCAGAAACCUGCAGUGACUUGUUUACUUCCUGUCGGCCGUUCAAUUGGAAUCUCAACAAUCUAGUCUCAUCAGCCCCCUUUUACAUGAGUAUAUUCACUUUAUCUACGAUGUUGUGACACACUACACGCUAUGUGAUUUCGCAGUUAUCCAACUCCAAUAGAGUUCAGCCAAAGCAACGUGAAUACAGCUAACUGUAUCAAACAUUAAAUGGGAGUGUAUAAUUAUUUAUCCAA